GGAAUUACUUAAAUAAUCUAGCUAGCUCCUCGAUCGGCCAGACCAAGUACUGAUCAUCUCCGAACUCUUGAUCAAAGUAUGCUUCUCAUGUACAUGAUUAAUGGCUACGAUCCAUCCUCAUAGACCUCGAGUACUGCUGUUUCUUCGUUCCCUACGUACAUGACUUCAAAAUUAGGUCAUGAAACAUUCACUAUAUGGAUGAAAUCGCUUCUAUUCCAUACAUAUGGUUGCACUGUUUUCAAUUCCAAGGGGGAGAUCGUUUAUCGGGUAGAUAAUUAUGGCACCAAGUGUAGCCGUGAAGUUCAUCUCAUGGAUCUUCGUGGAAGGGUUCUCUUCACUAUUUGUCGGAAGAAAUUACAAGUUUUUGGUGGUUGGAAUGGUUAUAGAUGGAGCAGCAGUUCUGCCAUAAACAAGGAGCAGAAGCCAUGGUUUCAAGUCAAAAAGUAUUGCAGAUUAAUGCAGCUUAUGGCCGGAGAUGUUGCUUGUCGAAUUACUGCGGGAUAUGACAAGUAUAUGAUAGUUAGAUUGGCCGCCGGAAAAUCAGCAUUUAGGAUUGUAGGAGUUGAUGGGGAGGUUGUCGCCGAGGCAAAGCCGAAGCAUUCAUGUUGUGGAGUAGAGCUGGGAGAAGAUGUAUUAACUUUGGAGGUGAUGUCUCCUCGUCUUGAUCAUUCCCUAAUCAUGGCUCUUGUGAUAGUGUACGGAAUAAUUCAACGUAGAUUGUACGUGGUUGCAUUUGCAAACCUCUUAAAUGCAAUGAGAACCACUUUAAAUGUCUUAAUGGCUAAAGUGUAUCCUCAAGAACAGCCCAGCAGCUCUUCUGAUCCGGCCUACAUGACCUCAAAGAGAGAAACAUUUACUCUAUGGAUGAAAUCUCUGGUGUAUCAGACAAAUGGUUGCACUGUUUACAACACAACUGGUGAUAUUGUUUAUCGUGUUGACAACUACGAAAAGAAAGGUAGCAGUGAAGUUCAUCUCAUGGAUCUCCGAGGCAAAGUUCUUUUUACCAUAAGAAGAAAGAAAUUAUUAGCUUUUGGUGGUUGGGAGGGCUAUAGAUGCAGAAUUCAUGGUUCUUGUGUAAACGAAGAGAAGCCAUGGUUUCGAGUUAAAAAAUGCUACAAAUCAGUUUUGUUUAUGGGAGAUUUAGCUUGUCAGGUUACCGUGGGAUAUGAUAAAUACUGGAUUGUUAAAUUGGCAGGCAAAGCAGCUUUCAGAAUUGUAAAUACUGAUGGAGAUAUUGUUGCAGAGGCAAAACCAAAGCGGUCAUCUUCUGGAUUAUUGUUGGGAGAUGAUGUCUUAACUUUGGUGGUGGCGCCUCAAAUGGAUCAUUCCCUCAUCAUGGCUCUAGUGAUUGUGUAUGGACUCAUUCGACGUAGAGUAUAAAUUAACAAGACGUACAAAUCUUCUUUAACCACAAAAUGCAGAGGCAUUAAUCUCUUUUUGGGGCUUCUGAUUCUGUUAUUUUCUCUCCUUUUUUGCUGUGUUUUUGUGAAUGAAGUUCUGUAGAUCAAUUUUAUUUGUAGAUGAAAAAAGAGGGAUCGGAGUAGAAAUUAGAAGAGGAGAUCAGAAACAGUACCAUGAUGAUCAUGUAAUAAUUCAUUCCAUGUACUGUUAAUUAUUAUUUGAUUUGCAAAGACUCAUGAGUCAUGUCCACCGAAGUACUGGUUGUGAACUGAUACUAAAGAAAUAUAAAGUAUUGAUCUCGAAGUAGCUCGAA